GGAGGGCGCUGGAUGCCUAAAUCUGAGUGCCCUGUUCUGUCUUCACAGCACACCCUGAGGGUUAUCUGUGCCCGCCGCCCACCCUUCCGCCACCAAACUAACCCGGCCUACACACCCAUGCUGGCCCUGAAGCGCGCCGACCCAUCGGGGGAACUGGUGGGUGCCGCCUUCUACCGCCUAAUGUUUCGCCAUGAGCCGCUGCUCCGGGCUAGCCUUCACGCCGUGCGCCUCUGCCGCUGGAAGGCGCGCAAGCUCCGCCAGGCUCUCCGCCUGCUGGGCCUCCGCUGAACCGGGUCCUUUCAGUCCUCCUCCUAUCCCCUAACCCGCCAGGCUGCGGUCAUGCUUGAAGAGGCUUCGCUCAGUCGCUUCCCUUCAGUACCGGGUCGGGGAACAUUUCCCCUCCCCCCUUAGAAUUGCGCUGUGAAUCAGGACUCCGGGGACCGGCGUGCGCGCAGAGUGCGUGUAGUCUCUAGUGUUGGAGGGACUGAAUGGAGGAGUGUAGGGCCUGAGGUCACUUGGGCUCCUCUCGCUCCUCUGUUCGGCUGCCAAACCUCCAGUAACCCACUAUUGGUAUUGGCCGAUCCCUCGCUCCCUUCUCAUUUUCCAAAGGGGAAACCCGAGGCUUAGAGAGGGAUGGGAGUAUGUCCGAGGUCACACAGAGUCCCCCUGGAACCCGGGGCUCCAUACACCAAGAGUCCCACAUCUUGACACCACGAGGAUCUAAGGCGCCGGGUUCGAGCCGGCAGCCAGGGAUUGAGGGAUGGAGGAGAGCCGGCUGCUAAACGCUGUCUAAGCCGGGGACCGGUGAGGAGAGCUACCCAUAAUAAAGCGCUAAG